GACACGUGUAGGCUACUUCGAGAACCCUCGAGAGCCUUUCUCGAAAGGUAUGCGUGCCGCCCCCUCUCCCUUUCUGUCCGACCCUCGGACAGUGCUAUCAACACAUUAGUGCGUUAUGCUUGUAUCGACGCACUGAUCGCCACAACGCUCAACUACAGACUCAAUGGAAUUUUCGAAAGCGAAACUCAAUUUGUCAGUGACGACCUGUUAACAUCGAAGGACAAUGGCCAUUUGGAAAACUUUCUGGCGGUAGGAAAAUCCUUCAUCGUAUUAGGUGACAUGUUCUACGACACCGAUUUUGCAGAGAAAGUUCUAGCUUGGCUGUGCAGAUUGAAACAACGCACUGCCACCCGCAUACUAAUCGGAGAUCCAAAUCGCCACCCGCUUGGUGACGAGCAACUGAAUAGGUAUGAAACGAACGUGAUGAAAAAGCAGUUGAGAUGUUAUUCUCUACCUGACUUUGUAAUGCGAGAACACUAUGGCUUCAGCGCUGUAAACGUAAUUGAACUACAAUUCAUUAGAGCACAAACUUCUGAUAGAUGA